CCUACACUAGCAAGUGCCAGAGCCAGCUGCUCCUCCUACUUGCUGUCUUCUCUUUCUUCUUCCUCAGAAAUUAACUAUAAUUGCUUCAGUUCUUUAGCCAUGGAAACUGACGAGGAUCAGCGCGUAAUUCCAUUCCAGCUACAGUUCGACAAACCUAUCCCCUCUCAGAUUAAAAUUGCGGAAUGGAAUCCAGAGAAGGAUUUACUUGCAAUGGUCACAGAGGACUCCAAGAUUUUGCUGCAUCGAUUCAAUUGGCAGCGGUUGUGGACGAUUUCUCUUGGGAAGAGUAUUACAUCCUUAUGCUGGCGUCCCGAUGGUAAAGCAAUAGCUGUCGGGCUCGAGGAUGGAACUGUUUCUUUACAUGAUGUUGAAAAUGGAAAGUUGUUAAGAAGCCUGAAACCCCAUGCUGUAGCUGUUCUGUGUCUUAACUGGGAGGAGGAUGGGCAACUUAAUAGAGAUGAAUUUAGUAACUUUUCUGCAUAUGAAGACCGUACUUCUCGUUUCUUUCCUCCUGCUCCCAGAGCUCCACAGAUGCCUGGACUUGUUUCUGGAGAUUCCAGCUUCAUGGAUGAUAGCGAAGAUUCAUUUCAAGAGUUGUCAAACUCUUCACACCAGCGGUUUAACAUUCUAUGUAGUGGAGACAAAGAUGGAGGCAUAUGUUUUAGUAUAUUUGGAAUAUUUCAGAUCGGGAAAAUUAACAUACAUGAGCUUUCUGUUCCUGGUUCCUCUGUGGACAAGCAAGCCACUCAUCGACUUCUGAAUGCUUCAAUUAACAAGGUUGCUUUAUCAAAAGACCUUUGUCGUUUAAUAAUCAUGUGCACAGGAGAACUUGAGGGGAAUGGGCAGGGUAUGCAUGGUUUGCACUGCCUGGUACUCAAUACUUCCAUAUUUUGUAAGAGAAAAAAUGAACUCCAUCAAGUGGCCCAACAAGCUUCUAACAUCCAGGACUUAACUGAGGUUACCCAAGCUUCAUUAUCAGUUAUGUCUAAGCAGUGGUCAGAUGCCAUGAAAAUUUUUCAUGAUAAGUUCGAUUCACUAUCUACUUUGAUCAUUGACCAUGGGCUAGACUCAUCACCCCAAGAGGAGUUUCUGAGCCUUUUAGGUGGUGCUCGAACCAGUCCACCAGUUCAUCAAUUUUUAGUCAACUCUCUCGGUGAAGCAGGCAUGAAGCGGGUCUCAAAGGUUGUUUGUGGUGCUGGAAAAGAACUUCAAAAUAUUGUCCUCAAUCAUCUCCAGCCUGCUGCAGAAAUUAUUGGAUUCAGGAUAGGGGAACUUAGAGGUCUUUCAAGAUGGCGUGCACGUUAUCAGGGUAUUGGUUUGGAUGAGACACUUAUGAGUGAUGCAACUGAAAAAUCUGGCAUGCUACUAAUACAAGUUGAACGGUUUAUGAGGAUUCUAUCUUCUGUGGUGCAGCAGUUUUCAAAUUUUUUUAAUUGGCUGCUCAAAUGCAUAAAGCUACUUAUGCAAGAACCCAGUGAUCAGCUUCUACCAUACAACAGCGAACUUGUUGUUAUAUUCUUGAAGUUUUUAUAUGAUCAAGAUCCUGUAAGGCAGUUACUGGACCUAUCUGAAGCUGAUUAUGAUAUUGAAAUUGACUUAGAAACCAUGCAAAGGGUUAGGGAAUUAGCUCUAUUUGGAGGAUUUUCAGAUUCCGAGUUUCUCCGGAGGACUUUAGCCAAGGAAUUUCAACAGGUGGAGAGUAGUUUCAAGGACGCAUUCCUGGUGCCAUUUGCAACAAUAUCUCGGAAGAUAGUUUGUGAGGAUUUACGGCCACUCUUCCCUGUUCCAUCAUCGACAAUAUCCACAUCUAUCAACAUUCCCGUGUCAGUGUCUUACUAUGAGGAUACAACCCGAGCUGAUUCUUCUUGUCAAAGUUGUCAGAGUGGCUUGAUUGAUUAUGUAUCUUUCCAGAUAUCAGAAGAUUCUUGUCGAGAUGUUGCUAACUGCAUAAGCAUUGCGAGGGGAUAUAUGCAAAAUUCUAGCAAUGUUAAAAAAGGCUAUACUUCAUUUGAAGCUGUAUUAUUAUCUAUACCUGAUGGUUACCAUUGUGUUGAUUUGUCUCUAUAUAAGGAGAAUCAAAUUGUUCUCCUAUUGAAUGGAGCAACUAUACCUUCUGAAAGUUCUGGAGAGGCUUAUUUGAUGAUUGUGCAAACUAGUGACCUUCCAUUUGUAUCAAUUGCAAGAUCCUGUUAUCUGGAUUGUUGGACGUUGGAUCAUCUAAAGGACUCCAUUUUUCAUCUUCAAAUGGAAAAUGAAAAGGUCCGCAGGAUUUCCCACUCGGCCGUCUCUCCAUUGGCAGUCAGUGCAUCCAGGGGUGUUGCUUGUGUUUUUGCUGCAAGAAAGCGGGCCCUCGUCUACAUUUUAGAGGAAGACGAGGAUGAAGUUUCAGGUAGCGAAUAAGCAUCUUUCUUGAACUUUGCACAUUUUCACUGACAGUGCAGAGGAUAAGGUAUCUUGUAUUAUUGGAUUUGAUCUUUUUGGUACUUUGUUGUAGCGGUAACAUAAUUUCAAACAAAUAUAAAUCUAAUUUAUUAUUGUCAACCAUAAAAACAACAAAAAAGGGAAAAAUAUGUAAUUUU